AUGUCUGUUUAUAUGAUCAUAUACAUUAUUGUAUUCAUCAUCUGCUCUAUUGGAAUCCCCUUAAAUGGAAUAGUUAUCUGGCUACUUGGAUUCCAAAUUAAGAGAAACCCUUUCAUGGUAUUGAUUCUUAAUUUAGCAAUUGCUGAUUUUGGGUUUCUUGCAAUUUUGGAAAUAAUUUGCAUUUGUUAUUUUAUACAUUAUAUACAUUCUAUACAUUUUAUAUAUUUACAAAUUCUCUUGAAUAUCCUCCUCUUUUUUUCCUGCACCUUGUAUAUCAGUGGUCUCUUUCUUCUGACAGCCAUCAGCAUCGACCGGUGUGUGGCUGUCCUCUUCCCAAUCUGGCAUCGCUGUUCCCGGCCAAAACAUUUGUCCCCUGUUGUGUGUGCCCUUAUCUGGAUCUGCUCUUUCCUCUUGGGUGGAAUUAUGAACAUUCUGGUUUCUGUAUUUAAUUAUUAUGGCUUCUCAAAUCUCCAUUUGGUUGUGACUGCUGUGCUUUGCCUUCCAUUGAUUACAAUCUCUACUCUGAUCCUAUUUGUCAAAAUAUGUAUUAAACCUAAACAGAUCAAACGUGGACGACUGUUAGUGAUGAUCUCGAUUACUCUUCUCUGUUUCCUUAUUUUUAGUCUUCCAUUAAAUAUUUACGGUUUAUAUGGUCAUUUUGUUUACGAUAGUUAUUCUUUUCAAGAUAUUUCACUGAAUGUGUGCCUACCUUUGGGUGGUUCCCUAAACAGCAGUGUUAACCCAAUAAUCUAUUAUCUGGUUGGGAGAAAGAAAUGAGCUCAGACCAGGGAGAGCAUCAAAGUCAUUUUUGAAAGAGUCUUCAAGGAAGAUGAAGCUCCUGAAAGAACAGCAAUAUCUACAAAUGGACUUUCAACCCCUCUGUAAAAAAGUAAUUUUUACUUGUCCCUAAUCUUGGAUAUUGCUUGACUACAAAAAUG